UGAAAUGUUUAUUCGAUUUCGUGAAGUUUGGUUGUUUCAGCUGUGACGUGUCAGGGAACGCGAAUAUAUUUCGUGUAAUAUGUUGGACUACGUUGUUGUAUUCACGAAAGGAGGUAUUAUCCUGUGGGAUAAUAAUUCCUCCGAAAUAACUUACACUUCAUGCAUCAACAAUCUUAUUAGAAGUGUCUUACUUGAGGAGCGCAAUGCGGAAUCAAAAUAUUUUGAAGAAGAUAAUUUAGCUGUACAGUUCAAGCUUGAUAAUGAAUUAGAUCUUGUGUUUGCAGUGAUUUUCCAAAAAGUAAUCAAAUUGAAUUAUUUGGAUGCUUUCCUUUCGGAAAUGCAACAGGCAUUUAAGAGAAAGUUUGGCGAAGUUCUAGUAUCCUUACUAAGGCUUCCCACGAAAUAUGACUUUAAUGAAGAGUUUCAAAAUACAUUGACAACAGUAGAAAAAUCGGCAAAUAAAAUCAGUAAGGCUCCAAAGCAAAUGCGCUCAUACAAUGAAUCUACAAAAUCUAAAAAAAGCGUUGCAUCUAUGUAUGAUGACAACAAUAAAAAUGAAAACGCAAAAAGAGUUGUUAUACAAGAAACAUACAAACAGCAAGAGCCCCAGUUAACAAACGAGAAUCUAAUUUUGGAAAACCGCAAAAAAUUGAAAGAGAAGAUGACGGCGAAAAAGAGCCCUACGGAACCUAAAUCUAAGACACCUACCUCGGAGAAAGCUGGAAAAAAACCGAGGGUGUGGGACUUAGGUGGCAGCGCAAAAGAUGCUGUAAUUUUGGAUCGAUCAAAGGAUCAACCACAAGACGUACAAUACCAAAGCGUACAAAAUAAUAUUGUUGGCACAAUGCAGGGCCGGAUUCGCGAUCUAGAAGUUGAAAGCGAUGAUGAAGCUAUGGAAAUUGAAGAGAAAAAGGGUCCCAGUGCUGCAAAAUCUAGUGGUAUUUUAUCAUAUUUUAAAGGAAUUGUAGGAUCCAAAACGCUGACCAAAGUAGAACUGCAAGCGGUGCUGGAAAAAAUGCGCGAUCAUUUGAUAUCUAAAAAUGUAGCUGCUGAUAUUGCUAACAAGUUAUGCGACUCUGUUGCUACUAAUUUAGAAGGAAAAUCAUUGGGCACAUUUGAUUCGAUCGCAUCAUUAGUAAAAAAUUCUUUAACAACAUCAUUAGUGCGCAUACUAUCGCCUAAGCGGAGAAUUGAUAUUAUUCGCGAUGCACUAGAGGCUAAAAGUAAUGGUAAACCAUACUCAAUCACAUUUUGUGGAGUUAACGGAGUGGGAAAAUCUACGAACUUAGCGAAAAUUUGUUUUUGGUUAAUUGAAAAUAAUUUUAGCGUACUAAUUGCGGCAUGUGAUACAUUUCGAGCUGGUGCUGUGGAACAGCUUAGAACACAUACCCGUCAUCUAAAUGCUUUGCAUCCUCCAGAAAGACAUAAUAAUCGCACUAUGGUUCAACUUUAUGAAAAAGGAUAUGGAAAGGAUGCUGCAGGAAUUGCAAUGGAAGCUAUUAAAUAUGCUCAUGACACUUGUAUUGAUAUUGUGCUUGUCGACACAGCUGGUCGCAUGCAAGAUAAUGAACCUCUUAUGAGAUCAUUAUCUAAAUUAAUUAAAGUAAACGACCCAGAUUUAGUUUUAUUUGUAGGUGAAGCACUCGUCGGAAAUGAAGCUGUUGAUCAGCUUGUUAAAUUCAAUCAAUCUCUUGCCGACUACUCCGCCAAUGAAAAUCCUCAUAUAAUAGAUGGUAUUGUUCUGACAAAAUUCGAUACAAUCGAUGAUAAAGUGGGAGCAGCUAUAUCUAUGACCUACAUCACUGGGCAGCCUAUUGUGUUCGUUGGCACGGGACAAACCUAUUCAGAUCUGAAAGCGUUAAACGUUAAUGCUGUAGUACGCGCAUUAAUGAAAUAAAAGAUUAUCUGAACUCCCAUAUACUUAAGCUAAAUCAAUAUUUUUUGGUUUUUAUCGACAUUUACAUAUGUUAAAAUGUUAGAUGAGAAUAAAUUAUAAAGUUAGUUUGUGCAAGAAUAAAGGAAAUUAUAUUUUUAUAGAUA